GCUAUCAACAUGUCUGGCCGUGGCAAAGGAGGAAAAGUUAAGGGAAAGGCAAAGUCCCGCUCGAACCGUGCCGGUCUGCAGUUCCCAGUUGGCCGUAUCCAUCGUCUGCUACGCAAAGGCAACUAUGCCGAGCGCGUCGGUGCUGGUGCACCAGUGUAUUUGGCUGCCGUAAUGGAAUAUUUGGCCGCUGAAGUGCUCGAGUUGGCAGGAAACGCUGCCCGAGACAACAAGAAAACGCGCAUCAUCCCGCGUCAUCUGCAGCUGGCCAUCCGCAACGAUGAGGAAUUGAACAAGCUGUUGUCCGGCGUCACCAUUGCUCAGGGUGGUGUGUUGCCGAACAUCCAAGCCGUGCUGCUGCCGAAGAAGACCGAGAAGAAGGCCUAAGCCUAUCGCGAAAUCAGCUUCUUUCAAUCUUCCGCCAAAAACCGUCCUUUUCAGGGCGACAAAUCAUUUCGCUAAAGAUUUCAUUUGACCAUUUCUGCUGAGCCCACUGCCAACGCAUUCUCAUACCGCAGGUAAAUCCAAUAAAGUGAGAAAUGCAGGAAAAUCCUUAACACGCACUCCAAAGUCAAAAGAGUUCAAAGACUCUAGCAGCGGCAAAUCGUAGUGAAAAAUGUUCAUAUUUUAAACCUGUGCCGUAUGUGAACUCCCACAUUAUUGUAAGGAGCAAUGGAUGAAACGUUAAAAAUAGAGUCGUCUACCUGUUUUUUCACCUGGGACGAACCUAUGAGCAAGAGAUAAUUUACAUCGAUCGUAAGGGAAUAUGGAUACCUGCCUUAUGUAGGUAGCAUCCAUGGCCUUGAACCGAUGUUUUUUUAAAUGAUUUUUUUUAAUACAAUUCGUAAACCGUUAUUCUGGAAUGCACCGAGCCCAUUGCAUUCCAAUGUAUGCGAAACCAUCUCAAAACACAUUCGUCAUCAACAGCAGCAGCAACAGCAUCAGAAACAAUCCAUACGAAAGAAACAUUAUUUACUCUUACCUGUUUCAGUACGCGGCAUGCACUUCUCUCCUUUCGGUUGCUCCCUCGAUGAACCAAUUUUACUGUUAUUCGGGUUUUUUUUCCGAACGAUGCUCACUGAUCACGAUAGAAACGCAAACUUGAACUUUCACCACGAUCCUUUUGACAAUCUUGUGUAUACACGAACUCAUGCACUUUCCUUCCGAAUCCAUGCAGCUCGAUCACUAAACUUCACUCACUAGUUUGUUCACUACUCACAUUCCAAUUGCACUGAAGUUUACCUCGAUCACGAUUUCGGAUCGCUGUCCCUGUCCACCGUCGAUGCCCGGUUUCGUACCGCUGCAGCCGCUCCAUAUUAUAAUAAAAAGAAGCAGCAGCAGCAGCAACAACAACUAUUUAAAUAUAGGAGCGCAUUUUUUUCUUCCCGGCCGACGGGAUUCACUGCACGCACUCCUCGCUCGCUCUUUCGGUGAACGCACCGGAAACGCACUUUUUCCACGCAUUUUCAGUCCAGCCACGCACAAUUCAGGGACACUAAAAUCACUGUCCCUGUCCACCACCGAUGCCCGGUUUCGUACCGCUGCAGCCGCUCCAUAUUAUAAUAAAAAGAAGCAGCAGCAGCAGCAACAACAACUACUUUAAUAUAGGAGCGCAUUUUUUUCUUCCCGGCCGACGGGAUUCAAUGCACGCACUCCUCGCCCCCUUUUUCUGGGGAACGCAUCGGAAACGCACCGGAAACGUACUUUCAGUCCACUCACAUUUCUUUUCUUCCCGGCCGACGGGAUUCACUACACGCACUCCUCGCCCCCUCUCCCGGUGAACGCACCGGAAACGCACUUUCUACACACGCUCUGUUCAGGGACACUAAAAUAGUAGGAAAAAAUAUGAUCCUACAUGCAUUUCAUGCCACAGUGAAAAAAAUCACGGUAAGCGACGCCAAAAGUGUGGGCGGCGCAGUUUAAGCUUUUCACUGCACACUACACACACCACUUCACUGUAAAUUACUAAAACGCACACGCACACACACACACACGGACUAGUGAGCUCCACUAAACGCGGAAGAACCGGACCGAUCGACUGUACGAAGUAGACUGAACUCCGUUCGGUUCCUUGCAUAAUGAAAUACUAAUAUUGGAGUGAGAGUCGUGUCAGAGUUCGUGUCCUCUCUCUCUCGGUAUUAAGUAUCCCGAACACACAUACCUAGAUAAAAUGAUUGCCAGACUACUAGAAACGUUUUACCUAACGAAUUUUGCCACUCUUUUAAUGUUUUAUGCUUUUGCGUGUGCAAAUAUCAAUGUUCAAACCGUGCAAGGAACAAAACAUAUUUGUUGUAUAUAUGAGCAAAUUAAGUUACAUGCGCAUGAUUAUUCGAUAAGAAAAAAAACACGAUAAAUUUUAAUAAAUUUUGAAAGGUCAAAACCGAAAAUCUUUCCGAAAUCGUUUGUGGUAGCCUUAAGAAAGACUGAUUUUAUGUUACGCUUUAUGUUUAGCGUAAGAAACAGCAACGAAUUUGCAAAGUUUUGAAAUCGGGAGGGCACAAAUUUUAACAUGCCUUAAAACGGACACCCAAGCGCGGACGAAAUGUGCCUUCCAUUGUCCUUCUCUCCAGCUACGAAAUUAGUGCGAAUUUUCACUAAGGAAUUGCAUCUCGCUCUAACUUACGCGCUCUCUUUCGUUGCGUUGGUGUGUGAGUACACUUGCACUUAACGGUAUU